AUGUCUUCGUUCAUCACCACCAUCAAUGCACGCACACGCGCCCCCUUCAAGCCCCGCUCGACCGCCAAGGGUACGAGUAGUUAUCAGCUACGACAGUUCGCCGAAGCUACACUUGGAAGUGGCAGCUUGCGCAAGGCUGUGAAACUGCCCGAAGGCGAAGAUCAGAAUGAAUGGCUGGCCGUCAAUAUUGUCGACUUCUACAACCAGAUCAACCUUCUCUACGGCUCAAUAACUGAGUUCUGCUCACCACAGACAUGUCCCGAGAUGAAGGCCACAGAUGAGUUCGAGUACCUCUGGCAAGACUCGGAGAAUUUCAAGCGACCAACCAAGAUGUCUGCCCCCGAAUACAUUGAACACUUAAUGACCUGGGUUCAGAGCAAUGUUGACAACGAACAAAUGUUCCCUAGUCGGAUCGGUGUUCCGUUCCCCAAGACAUUCCCCAGUCUUCUCCGCCAAAUCUUCAAGCGUCUAUACCGUGUAUAUGCCCACAUCUACUGCCACCACUACCCAGUGGUAGUACACCUCGGCCUCGAGCCCCACCUCAACACCAGUUUCAAGCACUAUGUCUUGUUUAUUGAUGAGCACAAGCUGGCUAGUGGGAAGGAUUUCUGGGGACCGCUGGGUGAUUUGGUGGAUAGCAUGCUACGCAGCGACUAA